UUGUAAGGGAAGCUCCAUCUGUCAGAUCGAAACCGUUCAAUAAGCUAAAAGAACUUACGAUCUAUAUAUCCAACGGUCAUAUCGAGGUACUUCUUCACGAUCGUCGGAGAGAAUCCCAAUUUGACAGAUUUGGAUCCCCAAAUACACCCGGUCUCGCUUCCCACCCGUCAACGGAUCGAAGAAUUCUGUUCAUCCCCCGAAACUCCUCUUUGCCAAUCCAACCCCUCGGCUUUCCAAACUGGAAGCUUCGAUGUCGGAUUUCUUCUGGAGCGAGGAGGAGCGGGGCAUGGCUGCCGCCGUCCUCGGCCCCGUGGCCUUCGACUACCUCGCCGCCAGCCGCACAUCCUCCGACGGCCUCACCGCCGCAGCCUCCUCCGCCGAGGCCGACCUCCAAAGCCGCCUCCUCGACCUUGUCGAGGGCCCCCCCGACCGCCCUUGUCUCGGCUGGAACUACGCCAUCUUCUGGCAGAUUUCCCGCGCCAAGUCCGGUGACCUCGUCCUCGGCUGGGGCGACGGGUCCUGCCGUGAUCUCCGUGACGGCGAGGAGGCCGCGGCGGCGGCUGCGGUCGCGAGGUCCCCCGGUGACGAUGAGUCCCAGCAGAAAAUGAGAAGGGCCGUCCUCCAGAAGCUCCACGUGUAUUUCGGGGGUUCCGACGAGGACAACUACGCCCUCCGCCUCGAUCAGGUCACCGACGCCGAGAUGUUCUUCCUCGUCUCGAUGUACUUCUCCUUUCCUCGAGGGAAGGGCGCGCCAGGUCGGGCUUUGGCGGCCGGGAAGCACCUGUGGAUCUUAUCGCCCUCCGACUACUGCUACAGGGGCUUCUUGGCGGCGUCUGCCGGGUUCCGCACGAUCGUUGUAGUGCCAUUCGAUACAGGCGUUCUCGAAUUGGGAUCCGUUAGAUCGCUAGCUGAAAGCCCUAAUUCAUUGCAGACCAUAAAGUCGGUGUUUUCGGGUACGACGCCUGCGGGGAUGCCGCAGUCUCGCGAGAAGUACGAGAGGAAUGGAUCAGAGGCAUGCCCAAAAAUCUUCGGAAAGGAUCUAAAUCUGGGGACUUCUAAUGUCAAUGACAAGCCUCUAGUUACAAAGGUAGAGGAUAGUUCUUGGGAUACACAACUAAAGAGAGGCAGCGGGGAUUGGGUGCUGUUUCCUAAUGUUCGGAAAGGAAUGCAGAGUUUCAGUUGGAACCAUGUCCGCGGCCCGAGUUCUCAUCAGCAGCAGUUUGGUAAUGGCGCUGUGAUCACUAGCAGUGAAGUCGGCGAUCACAGUGAUGGAGUGCGGGGAGAUACUUUGCUUGGGCAAUUGCAGAUUCAGAAGAAUCAGCAUAACCCCCAACAAUCACUGCAGCCACCACUGAGGCAGAUCGAUUUUAGUGGAGGGACUUCGAGAGCUGGGACUUUGAUUGCCCACGUUGGUGCACUGGAAGGGGACCAUGCAGACAUAGAGGUUUCAUGUAAAGAUGAGAGGGUUGGCCCACCAGAUGAGCGGCGCCCAAGGAAGAGGGGAAGGAAGCCUGCAAAUGGGAGGGAAGAACCUCUCAAUCAUGUUGAAGCAGAGCGCCAGAGGAGGGAAAAGCUUAACCAGAGGUUCUAUGCUUUGCGUGCGGUGGUGCCUAAUAUUUCAAAGAUGGAUAAGGCAUCUUUGCUGGGAGAUGCCAUUGCAUAUAUUACGGAGCUCCAAAAGAGGUUGAAGGAGAUGGAGUCCGAGAGGGAGAGAUUCUUGGAAUCCAAUGCGAUGGAUCAUAGCAUCCGAGUGCAUCAACCUGAGGUUGAUGUGCAAGCUCUUGAGGAUGAGGUGAUUGUGCAAGUCAGCUCUCCAUUGAAUACCCAUCCUGUUUCUAAAGUUUUUCAAGCUUUAAAGGAGGUGCAGGUUAAUGUGGCAGAAUCAAAGGUCACAGGUGGUGGAGAAACUAUUCAGCAUACUUUUAUCAUCAAAUCACCAGGCUCCGAACAGCAAAUUAAGGAUAAGAUAAUUGCUGCUUUGUCUCAUGGAAGUGACUCAACAGAGCAAUUAUACUAACAAUGACCCAGACGGAGUAGGAAGGAUCAUGUUAUCUUAUCACUUUGGAGUCUGCUGCAAAUAGUGAUAUACGUGCUUUUCAUGGUUUACUUGUCCUCAUCACCUCAGUCAAGAUCUGACCUUGCACAGCAUUUGACUAACCUGUUGGUUCACCAAUAACUCUUUUGUUAUUUGUGAUGUAUGUCAGGGCAGAGAGUUCUGGUCAUCAUUUGGUAAUUAGCAAUGGCGUCAUCAUAUGCCUAAGAAACCCAUGUGUAAGUUCUUCAUAUGUUCAAAUCCUAGGUUGCCUAGAUAUCAGCAAUUGGAUGUCUCUCCCGGUGGGCACUUAAGAUAAUUUUCAUAGAAUGGUUGUGCGUUUCUUCUUGAGAAUCUGUAUUUGUAUUAGCUUUCUCCCUGUUUUUGUAUAUACAUCUUUUAUUGAAAAAUUGUGGAAAGUUGAAAACUUGAAAUGAAGUGGUAGUACUUUUGUCA